AUGAUUGAAAAUAAUUCUGGCUGCACUGAGGUUUCAAAGAGGCGUAUGAGUAACACUAGGAUCAAUGGUGUCAUUGAUGGCUGCAGUAGCACCGCGCUUUAUCCAUUCUACUUCCAUGGAACAGUUGUUAAUGGAUUUGGUCGUGGCGGACGGCAACUCGGCUGUCCCACCGCAAACUUAGACGACAGUGCCAUUUCACGUUUACCUUCGGAUUUUCCAACUGGUGUAUUUUACGGUUUUGCGAAUAUUAACUGCGGUGAGGUAUACGGUAUGGUGACAAGCAUCGGGUGGAAUCUUCACUUCAAAAAUGAGCGAAAGACAAUUGAAGUCCAUUUAUUACAUGAUUUUGAACAGGACUUUUAUGGUGCAGAGCUCCGUGCAAUUGCUCUUGGAUUUUUGCGACCGAUGUCUUCCUUCAAUUCUUUGGAUGAGCUAAAAGCAGCUAUUGGCAAUGAUAUAGAAGCUGCACGAAACCUGCUGUCCGGUCCAAAAAUGGUACCAUACAAGAAGUCUGAUUUCUUUUUCCAGUGA